GAAUGCAAUGAAAAAAAAUAUUGUUUACAACAAAACCUGUGGACAAACUGUAUGUUUGAAAGCCAUUCAAAGCCAAAACACAUACAAAACGAAAGUCAAUACAAGUCUAUAGUGUAGUAAUCGUUGAGUGAUUUGUAAGGCAAACGUCAAUUGCGAUUAUCAUAUCAGUGGCCAAAACACAAGACUGGAUCAGAUGGCGGUGACAACAGCGACGACGACGACAACAACUCGGACCAGAUGUCGGUCGGGUAGGGAUGAGCUGCUGAUGGCAUUGGUGUUUGGGAUGAUGUUGGGCGGCACUCCGGGUCAGGUGAACCCCAACGCCCGGUGGCUGUCCUCCCGAGGCAUGUGGUUGUCGUACGGCUGCGGCGUUUUGGUCCUCCAUCUGGCGCUACUGUCGUUCCCCUUCCUGUCGGUGGCCUGGGUUUGGACGCUAACCAAUUGCAUACAUAAUCUGGUGAUGUUUGUGUUCCUACACCUCCUGAAGGGCACGCCCUGGGAGUCUGGAGAUCAGGGAAAGGUCCGCAAACUCACGCAUUGGGAACAGAUAGACGACGGCAUCCAAUUCACGUCCACCAGAAAAUUUUUGACUGUCGUUCCCAUUAUUUUGUUAGUAUUUAUUAUGCGAUUAAUUGAAAUUAUUUUUGUUAAGUUAUCGACACUAAUAGUGUUACACUAUGUGAAUCAAGUGAUCGGUAUUAUGGGACCAAUCGGUGAAACAAUUCCUCGAUACAUAUUCUUCUUCAAAGAGGACACAAAUAUCACGUAUUGUUGGACACAAAGUCUGGAUUUUCUCACAGAAUUUAAAGAGCGCAAGUAUAAUGUGAUACGAAGUCUGGACGACAACCAUACCGUUUCCACGCACUCAACAAAGUUGACGCCUGAGUAUAAUUCGGCCAUUCAUUUCCGUUCACCCGAUAAACAACAUAACGUGUGUUUAUUGACUCAAACAAAGUCCACACAAACUAACCAACAGUUUGUGAGAAGAUAUGGUUGUUUUACAAGUCGUUUGGAUCUAUACGACAAAAAAAUGAUUCGCGGUGUGACUGAUGGCACCCAAAGUGUGAAUCAAGUGAUCGGUAUUAUGGGACCAAUCGGUGCAACAAUUCCUCGAUAUGUAUUCCUCUUCAAAAAGGACACAGAUAUCACGUAUUGUUGGACACAAAACACGGAUUUUCUCACAGAUACAUCGGGUCCUCAAGACAUGAUUGAACUCGAGUUUCACGAGUUGUUUCGGACACCGGUUGGCGGCGCCGGCGGUGGA